AUGGAGCUUUUUCCAGUUUACGUUCUUCAUAGUGGUGAAUGGAAAGAAAACAAGUUUAUCAAUUUCAUCAGCGAUUGUGUAAUAAUCGAGUCGACAUUCAGCUACAACAAUUUAGUUGCAGCUAUUUCGGAACAGAUUAGGAUCGAUAUGAAAGAAAUUUAUGAUAAUCGUUUGGUUGCUACAAGUUCCAGUUAUUUGGUUGCUACAAGUUCCAAUUCUAUAGAUGUAUCCACAAUUGAUAGAACUGAGAUUAUGCCUAAUAUCAAAUUGAUUGAAAACACGAAACUUAGUGAAAAUACGGGUAUAAUAGAUAAUAUGUUGAAUGAAGUUGUUGAGGAGGAUCAAGUUUAUAAAGAUAAAGAGACAGUUAUGAAUGUGAUGAAGAACUUGGUUGUACGCGAGAGGUUCCAAUUCAAGGUGAAGAGAUCAAGCGCAACAAAGUAUCACCUUAUGUGUAUGGAUGACAAUUGUGCUUGGAGUUUCAAAUCUUCUGCCGUUUUCAAGGCAAACAUAUUUAAAGUGAGAAGCUACAAUAAUAAUCACACAUGCGGCUAUGGUGAAAGAUACUUAACACAACGUCAAGCUACUUUGGGUGUAAUUGCUAGUAUAGUCAAGGACAAGUAUGUUAAUCCAAGAAAAGUUUACACCGGAAAUGAUAUAAUAGAGGACAUACAAAAGCAACACGGGAUUGAAGUGAGCUACAUGAAAGCACGGAGAGCUAAAGAGAUAGCAAUGACAAUGAUAAGAGGGAGUCCGAGUGAUUCAUAUAAGGAGUUGCCGAAGUAUUUUUAUAUGUUGGAGCAUACAAAUCCAGGAACGGUUACAAAGUUGCACAAAUCAGAAGAUGGAUGCUUUCUUUAUACAUAUGUUUCACUAUAUGCAUUUAUCAAGGGUUGGGAGCAUUGCAGACCGAUAAUGGUUGUUGACGGAAGUUUCCUUAAAGCAGCAUAUAAGGGUACCAUAUUGACUGCUUGCAUACAGGAUGGAGCUGGUGAGUUGACUGCAUCUACCUUGUUUCUGCAGAUUGUAUAA